GAAAAAAGCAGUCUCUUGACGGCAAGAGACCCAUCUGUUGUUUAAAUCCGAGCAUCAAAAAUCAAAUCUUCGCCGAUCUUCCUCGUCUGUUUGCUUAUUCAUAUCUGAAAAACCCUAUUUUUUCUUCACUGAUCUGCAGAACUUCUGCAAUUAACCACAAAUUUCUACAAAAAUCUACCGGAUUCCAACUCUUUUGUUGUCAUCAUUGUUCAUGAUACGAUAUUACGAUGUGUCGCCCGAAACUAAUCAAUCUUGCUGAUAACGGUAAAUGAAUAUGUUGCAAUAUGAAAGUGAAGAAACAAAGUCCUUACCUUUGCACGGUUAAGAAGAAAACUAAAUCAUUGGGAGUGAGAUGUAGAUGGUGCAUGUCACCUACUCACCUUAACCAUCUCAGACUGCACUACAAAAGGGGAAUUGGAGAUACAAAAUGUCCUGCUACAUCCACUUGCAGAUCCGGCUUAGGCUUGCUCUCAAAGAUUGUGAGAGCAAAACCAUCAUUUGGUAACCUGUACGAAGGACAUGCACCUGCACUCAAACCUCUCCAAGCAGACUUGACAUCGUCAAGGAAAGCAGUUGAUUGUGCCAUUGUUUGAAAAACAAAAAGGAACAAUGAGAGGUUUGUUACGAAUAUAAGUAAUUAUUUGAUAAGUUAGAAACGAUAAUGACGUUCUCUAUUUAUAGUGUAGUAGGUUGUUAGGGUUUUUGGAUCCAAGAUUUCCGAAAAUCUUGGAAAAAAGCAAAAAAUAUAAGAUACGGUAAAUAACAUAUAUUCGUAUUUGGUAAACUAA